AAAUAUUUUAACUAUAUUUAACCCCGCAUUUGGGUGCAUAUAACAUUCCACAAUACCGCCUGAUCCCAUAAUCGCACUAUUGCCAUCAUCGUUCAGAUAUAACGCACGAUAACAAGAAGCCUAAAACUGAAUCACUACAUCUCGUUCAUUGCAUCCAAUCUCUGUGUCUACGAAGCUACUGAAUUUACUCCGGCACAGGCUACAUUGGUGGUUAAGUAGCAGCAACUUCAAAUGAUUCGACCGCUGGUUUAAGCUCCUUAUUCAAGUAUACUAAGCAAACCAAAACCGUUUGUGACCUCUCAAUUCUAACCUCUAAGCAGACUUUAUGGUAUUUCACCUAAUUUGUCAUCCCUUGAUAUUGGGUAUGUCGAUUAUUGAUCACUAAGUAGGUGUUUUAUUUUCUGCCACCAAGUGUUUGAUUAAAUUCCCCUGAGAGCACUUAUAGCAAAACUGCUGGGAUGUUGGUACGAAAGUUGAGAUAUGGGAACUCAAAAGCUCUUUAUGCCAUUCAACGCUUCUUUUCUUGCAGUAAUCUUAACCCUAACAGAGUACUGAGAUGCCAGAUUACAAGUUAUUCUUGUCGCAACAUGACAUUUCAUCAAUCAGCUAACAACGCAUUGGAAGUAGUGCCUGGAAAUAUCCAUCCAUGGCAAUCUUUUUCAACCAUAGCCAGCACAAUCCUGGUCCAAGCUAGAGACCCUGCUAAGCUAAGUGAGGAGAUACAAAACGCACUCGAUGAACAUAAACUUAAUGAAGCUUGGAACUUACACGAACAACACAUGAACAUGGAAGGGUUUCCUAGAAAAUCUGUUGUCAACAAGCUUCUCACAACUUCUUCCCAAAGUCUACAACUUCAGUACAUCGAAAGGGCAUAUCAUUUAGUAGAAAAAGCCAUUGAAGAACACAAACAGAAUUUGCUAGAAAAGACAACUCUCAUAUAUCUAUCACUAUGUCUUGCAAAAGCCAAUCUACCUGUUCAUGCAGCAACUGUUUUAAGAAAGCUAGUAGAAACCCAACAGUUUCCUCCAGUCAAUGCUUGGUCUGCUAUAUUAGCACACAUGUCACUAACUCCUUCUGGUGCUUAUCUGGCAGCUGAAUUGGUUCUUGAGAUUGGUUUUCUGUUUCAAGAUGGAAGAGUGGACCCACGUAAAAAGAUCAAUGAAGAACUCAUUGCUAUGAAGCCGAAUACAACUGCUGUAAACAUUGCUUUAGGGGGUUGUCUUUUGUUUGGGACAAAUAGAAAAGCAGAGCAGCUUUUGGAUAUGAUACCUCGAAUUGGUGUGAAAACUGAUGUCAUCAUGUUGAUCAUGAUGGGGCAUGUAUAUGAACAGAAUGGAAGAAAAGAAGAGCUUAAAAAACUUAAAAGAUACAUUGAUGAAGCCCAUGAUUUGAGUAAUGUUCAGUUUAGAGAGUUUUAUAAUUGCUUGCUUUCUUGCCAUUUGAAAUUUGGGGAUUUAGAAUCUGCGUCUCAAAUGGUUCUUGAAAUGCUUAAGAAGGCAAAGAAAGCUCAAGAUUCUCUUGGUGUUGCUACUUUUAGAUUUGAAGCCAAGAAAAUGGACAAAUGUCCUCAAAUAGAGUCUCAAGAGAGUUUGACUUUGACUCCUGAAAAGACAAUGAUACCCCAGACUUUGGAUUAUGAAGAUUUUUGUGGAGAUAGAAAGUUUCUAAAACUUGAAGAAGAAGCUAAAGAACUACUUAACAUUUCAGUAAUGAAGUUUCAGAACAAAAAGCAACUGAUCACAACAAAACAUGGCAUUCUCCAACCAACAGACACAGUUUUUGUGAAACUAGUCAAAGGUUUCUUGGAAGCUAACAAGGUAAAAGAUUUAGUUCAAUUUCUAAUCAAGGUAGAGAAAGAGGAUUCCCCAGUUUCUCCUGAUUCUUCUCCUUUAAUUCAAGUUGUGAAUUCAUGCAUUUCUCUUGGAUGGUUAGAUCACGCACAUGACCUGCUCGAUGAAAUGCGCCUGAGUGGUUUCAAAACCGGAUCUUCUGUUUAUUCAUCUCUUUUAAAAGCAUACUGUAAAGAAAACAAAACACAAGAAGUAAAAUCACUCCUUAGAGAUUCACGUAAAUGUGGGGUCCAGCUAGAUGCUAGUUGCUACAAAGCACUGAUUGAAUCCCAUGUGAUUGAUGAAGACACUCAAGGAGCUUUAAAUCUGUUUAAAGAAAUGAAAGAAGCUAAACUAGACAACACUAGUCAACAUAGUCAACAAGAAUUUGAUAUGUUAGUUCAAGGAUGUGGAGGGAGUGGAGAAGCUAAACUAAUGGCAAAGCUUCUACAAGAAAUCAAAGAAGGACAAAAAGUCGAUUGUGGUGUUCAUGAUUGGAACAAUGUGAUUCAUUUCUUUUGUAGGAAGAAGAUGAUGCAAGAUGCUGAAAAGGCUCUGAAAAAGAUGAGGAGUUUAGGGUAUACACCAAAUGCUCAAACUUUUCAUUCUUUAGUGACUGGAUAUGCUGCUGUUGGAGGGAAGUAUACUGAGGUGACUGAACUUUGGGGUGAGAUGAAGGUUCUUGGAUUAUAUCAUGGCAUGAAGUUUGAUCAAGAACUUUUGGAUUCUGUUCUUUAUACUUUUGUAAGAGGUGGAUUUUUUAUUCGGGCUAAUGAAGUUGUUGAGAUGAUGGAAAAAGGGAAAAUGUUUGUGGAUAAGUAUAAGUAUCGAAUGCUUUUUAUGAAGUAUCAUAAAACGUUUUGUAAAGGGAAGACUCCUAAGUUUCAGACAGAGUCUCAGAUAAGUAGGAGGGAGGCUGCGUUGACUUUCAAGAAAUGGAUUGGAUUGUUUUGACUUUUUGACUUUUAUUCCAUCAGUCAUCAAAUUAUAUCAAGGUAUUUCCAAUCAUGAUGAGGUUAUUUAAGUCUUUUACACAAGCGAGAGGUCAAGAAGGACACACUUUUACACCGUUUUGGAUGGGACAAAAAAAUUUCAAUCUUCGUCUUAAUAAUAAAAGUUUUACAUAGACUUGUUUAAACGAAGAUUGCAAAAAUUGUUAUGACGUAGUUAGACAAACAUUGGAAUUUUUGUAUCAUUGAUAAGCGAAGAAGCUUUCUAGACUAUUUUCGAUGAUGAGGAGAGUAUUUAUGUCUUUUUAC